GCUUCGCUGGAGUGGUGGCGCAGCGCUCUCCUCGGUAGGUCUGGCUGCUCCCCAGUGAUUCAGGGCAGGAAAAAGGUUUUGGAAAGACAGAAACCAAAGAAGAUGGGAAACUUCCACCAGCAAAGACCAUUUAGUGAAGAAUUUGAAUGCAAAAAACUUUUCUAGAGAGGAUAGACAUCUCCGUGAAGAAGAAAGAACAUCAGGUGCUAAGGUUUACUUUAAACCUGUAGUGGCUGCUUGGAAAAUGAAGAUGCAGACUCCCGAUUGGUGGCUUAUAUGUUCUUCAUGCAAGGGCAGCAUACUAAAGGAAAGAAGUAACUGUGUUGACCAGUGACUGAAAGCUGGAAGCAUUGGAACAGAUUUGCAGAAGACAAGGGAUUUAUAAGCAUUCCAUAUUGGAAGAAGAGAUUUAUAUACAUGAAAAAAAUGCCUUUGUUUAGUAAAUCACACAAAAAUCCAGCAGAAAUUGUCAAAAUUCUGAAGGACAACCUGGCCAUUUUGGAAAAGCAAGACAAAAAGACAGACAAGGCUUCAGAAGAAGUGUCAAAAUCUCUGCAAGCAAUGAAGGAAAUUCUAUGUGGAACAAACGACAAGGAGCCCCCUACAGAAGCAGUGGCUCAGCUGGCACAGGAGCUCUACAGCAGUGGGUUAUUGAUGACACUCAUAGCUGACCUGCAGCUCAUAGACUUUGAGGGAAAAAAAGAUGUGACCCAGAUAUUCAACAACAUCCUGAGAAGACAGAUUGGUACACGGUGUCCUACUGUGGAGUACAUCAGUUCUCAUCCUCACAUCCUGUUUAUGCUUCUCAAAGGCUAUGAAGCCCCACAAAUUGCAUUACGCUGUGGGAUUAUGCUAAGAGAGUGUAUUCGACAUGAGCCACUUGCCAAAAUCAUCCUCUUUUCUAAUCAGUUCAGAGAUUUCUUCAAGUAUGUGGAGCUGUCCACAUUUGAUAUCGCUUCAGAUGCCUUUGCUACUUUUAAGGAUUUGUUAACCAGACAUAAAGUGUUGGUAGCAGACUUCUUAGAACAAAAUUAUGACACUAUUUUUGAAGACUAUGAGAAACUGCUGCAAUCUGAGAACUACGUGACAAAGAGACAAUCUUUGAAGUUGCUGGGUGAGCUAAUCCUGGACCGCCACAACUUCACCAUUAUGACCAAGUACAUCAGCAGGCCAGAGAACCUGAAACUGAUGAUGAACCUGCUUCGGGACAAAAGUCCAAACAUCCAGUUCGAAGCCUUCCAUGUCUUUAAGGUGUUUGUGGCCAGCCCCCACAAAACGCAGCCUAUUGUGGAGAUUCUGUUAAAAAAUCAACCCAAACUCAUUGAGUUCCUGAGCAGCUUCCAGAAAGAAAGGACAGACGAUGAGCAGUUCGCUGACGAGAAGAACUACCUGAUUAAACAGAUUCGAGACUUGAAGAAAGCAGCCCCAUGAAGCUGGUCCUGCCCUGACAGCCGAUUGUCUCCCUUGCCAGUGUCUACAGUGUUGUUUCAAAGUCUCCGUUCUUGGGAAGGCUUUGGAGGGCCUGUUUUUCUAAAUUGAUUGUUCAAGGUAGAUGAAAUAUAAACAUUUGAGUGGAAAAAAAUCAACCUAGAAUAAUAUAUUCAUUUUAAUCAAGCCUGUGAUUGCUUAUGGAAUCAACUAUUAUAUUAAACAUUGAUCAAAAGCAGUGUAAGUCCAGAGCUGGACCCUGGGUCACCUAGGACAUCAAGUGAAGAAACACAAGUGUUUCUUGAAACGGACAAUGGGAGGGGACCCAUCCAUUUUUGUUUAUUUAGACAGGCUUUUUCAGACACUGAAGAGAUGGGAGACAGGACUGCAUUGUCUGCUCUGUGUGCACUUUCCUUCCCUGCCUGCUGCCCCCUAGGUAGUAAGUGGUUCCUAACUUACAUAAGUGGGAACAGGUGCCCAUCUCCCAGCUCAGUUUCUUCCUCAUUGUAUCCCAUGUCUGACCCAUGGCCCAUGCUCAUUCUAACGUUUGAGGGCUAGUCUGGAAGCAACUGAGGUCCAAGUGAGAUCAAUAGAGGUUACAGGGACAGAGAACACCCAUGGGCUGUGACUCUCUCAGAGGAGAACUGCAAACAGGUGGCUGUAAUCACCACUGUUCUCUUGGCACCUUUGCAGGGCCAAUGAGUGUGAAGAUAUUUCACUAAUAGCUGUUGUUAUGGAAAGAUGCUUCAUGGUGACUGUUUUGAGAGGUAGAAUCACAGUAGGUACAAACCAUGGGGCUAGAGGGUCGUGAUAGACUUCCAUCAGAGAGGGGAAAGUGGUUCGUGCAUUAAAAAUGUCUCAGAUGACCAAAGGUUCUGUCUUGUCCAGUUGGUUCUGUAAUAAACUGUUCUUCUGUAACUGUCUAUCAGUGUCUUCAGUGAGAAGCUAAAAAGUCUAAACUGUUGGUUCCAAGUACUCUCUUUCAUGCUAGAGUAACUAAGGUGUUCAUUUGUGUCCCUUAACAGGGACAGAAGGAAAAUUUAUUUUUUUUUAAAGGCCAUGGUUUGUUUUCAGACCUCUAAAAUGGAACUUUAAAGAGACAUUUCCCAGGCAUGAAAACUACAAUUGCUUGUCAGCUCUUCAUGCCCUGAGUUCCCAUGGCCCUUGCCAGCUGUCUUCCUUGUCUUUGGGCACAUAUGUCUCCAUCCAUCGACAGGAAGGGAAGUGUAUUCUCCAGUAUGAAUGCAGUUAGUGGGUUUCCCAUCAGGAUUCCCUGGCAGGGCACCUUGCUUCUUGGCUGGGGUUCAAGUGUUUUGUUUCCAUGCACUCCCCAACCCCCCCCCCCCCCCCCGGUGCUCUGCAUUCUUCAGUCAUAGAAAUCAGAUUAAUUUUUAUAAUAUCCCCUGAUAUAGAGCCCCUUAGAAUUUGACCUUUCUAGAUUUGCUUAUUUGAUUAAAAGAGAUGAAAAAAAAAAAAACUUUAAAUGUGUUUCCAUAGCAUCAUGGGACACAGGCAAGGCCAUGUUUUAAUUUUAUUUCAGUUAAAAACACUUUUUUUUUCUCUAGAUUUGAAUUGGCUCUUUCCUAGCAUCCUUUUCUCCUGGCUUUGUACCUGCCGGACAGAAUGCUGUAGAGUCUGAGAUUCAGUAAAUGAGGUUGCUGGAGUGUUGAUGCCAGUUUAUAAGUUAUUCACUUAAACGGGGACACAUGGAGCUUACCAUCACAGGGUGUUUACACAGAAAUCAUUGUAAGUACUGUGAGACUUGAAUGUGGAAAAGAUCAUAUUUAAUAAGAAGCACAGUUUAAAGACCAAAUAAAAGAUACCACAUA